AUGUCUUACUGCCAACAGAUAGGAAAGGAUCGCAUAAUCUUCGCCACCAAGGAGGAUCACUCGACGCCCUCGACGGUCGAGUUGGGCGACGAGCCCCGGGACGCGUCCAUGAGAGGGCUGAUCCUGGAGGACGGGUCCAUCAACUGGAACUGUCCGUGUCUGGGGGGUAUGGCGUCCGGCCCCUGUGGCUACCAGUUCCGGGAGGCCUUCAGUUGUUUCCAUUACUCGGAGGCCGAGACCAAGGGAUCCGAAUGUAUCGAGAAGUUCGCCCAAAUGCAGGACUGUAUGACCCAAUACCCCAACCUCUACCCCAACAACUCGUCCACAGCCGAUGACCAGCCCUUCCCCGAUGACGGAUCAGCUGCUGGUGAUAGCCUUCAGAAGGCUAUUGAGCCAAUUGGUGGUAAAGAUGUGACGAGUGGUGAGGGAAGCGGUGAACAGAAGUCCACUGAAAGCAAGACAUAA